CGUCAACUCAAAGUUACGCAUGUGCAUGACGUUAUUUCCACUCAGGUGAGUUGGCCAGUCGCCCCAGCCACACAACAUACUGAAAACAUGGCUGCUUCUGUGCGGGUGAGGACGUGGAACAGCACGGCUAGCUCAGUGAAAACCUGGCUGCUUUAUUUGACAGGGAUUAUUUUACUAGGAGAUGUAAAUAGCGGGGUAAUGGCAGCUCCAGAACCGGGACAAUGGAGCAUUACAGUUGUCAAUGUGAGUAUUAAAAUAUUUAAUCUAGCUAGCUAGAACAACAGUGCGAUUCAUUUGAGCUAGCAAUCCAACAUAGCUAGCAUGGGCUUGGAUGCAAGGGUCGUUUUUCUGUUCAUAAAAUUGAACAUUAUUGAUUAAUAAUGCAUUUUCCUGAACAUAUUCAGGCUUUAUCGAUAUGCACAAGCCGUUGUAACAAACAUGAAUGUUUUAUCUGACCGCUAGAUAUCUGGUUAAGGAGCCUAUGCUACCAAACGGUCAAUUAAAGAUAUAGCCACAGAGUUUCUAAAACCAGAGGCGCAACAUCGCGAGACUUCCGGGAACGCUUGCCAAGUAGACCAGGCCCGGAUUUGGGGUUGGAGAAGUCAAUGUGAAACAUUGUUCCUUAGUUGUACGUUUCCUCGAAAUCUAAAGGCACAACAUAGAUUCGAGCCAAUGUCUUAAGUAGAUGAACACGUUUUUACUCCAACCUCGUGAAAGUGACAAACUGACACGUUUAUAUUUUCGUCAAAAACAACUUUACAUCGAAAGAGUGGCUUUUGCUUUUUGACGGCGUUCACAUGCGCAGUUCGGCGCAAGACGAGAUUACGUGUUUCUGCGCAUGAGUUUAGCUAGACAUCGUCGCCAUGACAUCGCCUACAAGCGUGAUUGGGGAUUUAUAUUGGAGAAGCAGUGUUUGCCGAUCUUUAUAUAUUAAUUUCUUGGCCAAACAUAGCUAGGUUAGGCAUGUAGCUAGUUAAAGUUACAUAGCUAAAUCUAAACAAACAACACGAGACACAGACCACUGUACUGUACUUAGGGCUAGAUCAUUGCCUGCAAUUUAGCCCAGAUAGAAGAUAAGCCUACCAAUCAUUCAGCUAGUUAAAUUAGUGAGCUAACUAAUGUUCAGAUUAGAAUAUGUGGGCUAUGACAAAUCUAUUUGGUAGACUAGCUACUGUGUCCAAUGAAUUGAAGAGGUCUACCAGUAAUUUGCUUUCAAGUUAGUGAAGGGAAGUGAACAAGUGCACAAGAGAGGUAGGCUAAUUGGGACGUAACCCCGGUUUUCCAUGGAGGUGGUCAGGUGUCUGUCCACCACCAUAUCCUGUUGCAGAGUAAUGUGAGCGCUGCCCAUUGCCUGCCUAGGGACUCCCAAUAAUGGUUACCAGGGUCUAUAUGAAGUGUCUGAGUAGGAAUGAGUGCUGAUCAAGGAUCAGGUCCCCCCUGCCCAUGUAAUCUAAUUUAGUGCGAUCUGAAAAAGCUAAACUGAUUCUAAAUCAUCACUCUUAGUCAGAGGCUGGAUACAUACAGCCCCAGAUGAGAGAAAGGACACGAGUGCUGUGGUUUAUGGUGGGAAUAGGGUUUCCUCAUAUAACUGAAUGUCAUGGGUGCAUAUAUUAUAUGAAUGGGGAAUCCCGGGAAUCAAACCCUCUAUCCUGGCGUUGAAAGCGCAAUGCUCUACUAACUGAGCUACAGAGGACCUGUUAGGCAUUAGGCCUAGACUACACCAGAGUUAGGACUGACUAUCACUCAGUUUAACUAAUGCGAAUGUAAACACUAUUUCCUCUUCUUCACAGACCUCAAGACCAUUACUUUUGAGGAAAUCCAUGUAUAAAGACACUGAUAUCAAAUUGAAAGGUAAGAUUAGCCUAUGUUUGAUGUCAAUGUGGUUUGUCAUACUGUAUAUCGGAAAUGCCUCGCGUAAGGGCGACUUACAGUUAGUGAGUGCAUACAUUUUUUUUUUCAUACUGCCCCCCCCGUGGGAAACGAACCCACAACCCUGCUCUUGCUAGUGCCAUGCUCUACCAACUGAGCUACUAUUUUAUGUUUAUCUAUUUAUAAAUAUUAUUUUUAACUGCAUUGUUGGGAAAGGGUAAGCAUUUCACGAUAAGUCUACACGUGUUGUAUUUAUUUGUGACAAAUAAAAUGUCAUUUGAUUUAUCUGAGGCCUCUAUGAAAACAGGCACAGCUCAUAUAUAUAUAUAUAUAUAUAUAUAUAUAUAUAUAUAUAUAUAUAUAUAUAUAUACACACGUACAGUGGGGAGAACAAGUAUUUGAUACACUGCCUAUUUUGCAGGUUUUCCUACUUACAAAGCAUGUAGAGGUCUAUACUUUUUAUCAUAGGUACACUUCAACUGUGAGAGACGGAAUCUAAAACAAAAAUCCAGAAAAUCACAUUGUAUGAUUUUUAAGUAAUUAAUUUGCAUUUUAUUGCAUGACAUGAGUAUUUGAUCACCUACCAACCAGUAAGAAUUCCGGCUCUCACAGACCUGUUAGUUUUUCUUUAAGAAGCCCUCCUGUUCUCCACUCAUUACCUGUAUAAAAGACACCUGUCCACACACUCAAUCAAACAGACUCCAACCUCUCCACAAUGGCCAAGACCAGAGAGCUGUGUAAGGACAUCAGGGAUACAAUUGUAGACCUGCACAAGGCUGGGAUGGGCUACAGGACAAUAGGCAAGCAGCUUGGUGAGAAGGCAACAACUGUUGGCGCAAUUAUUAGAAAAUGGAAGAAGUUCAAGAUGACGGUCAAUCAACCUCGGUCUGGGGCUCCAUGCAAGAUCUCACCUCGUGGGGCAUCAAUGAUCAUGAGGAAGGUGAGGGAUCAGCCCAGAACUACACGGCAGGACCUGGUCAAUGACCUGAAGAGAGCUGGGACCACAGUCUCAAAGAAAACCAUUAGUAACACACUACGCCGUCAUGGAUUAAAAUCCUGCAGCGCACGCAAGGUCCCCCUGCUCAAGCCAGCGCAUGUCCAGGCCCGUCUGAAGUUUGCCAAUGACCAUCUGGAUGAUCCAGAGGAGGAAUGGGAGAAGGUCAUGUGGUCUGAUGAGACAAAAUAUAGUUUUUUGGUCUAAACUCCACUCGCCGUGUUUGGAGGAAGAAGAAGGAUGAGUACAACCCCAAGAAAACCAUCCCAACCGUGAAGCAUGGAGGUGGAAACAUCAUUCUUUGGAGAUGCUUUUCUGCAAAGGGGACAGGACGACUGCACCAUAUUGAAGGGAGGAUGGAUGGGGCCAUGUAUCGCGAGAUCUUGGCCAACAACCUCCUUCCCUCAGUAAGAGCAUUGAAGAUGGGUCGUGGCUGGGUCUUCCAGCAUGACAACGACCCGAAACACACAGCCAGGGCAACUAAGGAGUGGCUCCAUAAGAAGCAUCUCAAGGUCCUGGAGUGGCCUAGCCAGUCUCUAGACCUGAACCCAAUAGAAAAUCUUUGGAGGGAGCUGAAAGUCUGUAUUGCCCAGCACACACACACACACACACACACACAUAUGUAUGUAUACGUAUGUUUUUUUUUUCUAAGUUGCCGAAAUGCCACGUAUAUCAGUGCCAUGUACACUACCGGUCAAAAGUUUUAGAACACCUACUCAUUCAAUUUUUUAAAACUAUUUUCUACAAUGUAGAAUAAUAGUGAAGACAUCAAAACUAUGAAAUAACACAUGGAUUCAUGUAGUAACCAAAAAAAGUGUUAAACAAAUCAAAAUGUAUUUUAUAUUUGACAUUCUUCAAAUAGCCACCCUUGAUGACAGCUUUGCACACUUGGCAUUCUCUCAACCAGCUUCAUGAGGUAGUCACCUAGAAUGCAUUUCAAUUAACAGGUGUGCUUUUUAAAAGUAAAUUUGUGGAAUUUCUUUCCUUAAUGCGUUUGAGCCAAUCAGUUGUAUUGUGACAAGGUGGUGGUGGGGGUGGGGGUAUACAGAAGAUGGCCCUAUUUGGUAAAAGACCAAGUCCAUAUUAUGUCAAGAACAGCUCAAAUAAGCAAAGAGAAACGACAGUCCGUUACUUUAAGACAUGAAGGUCAGUCAAUCCGGAAAAUUUCAAGAACUUUGAAAGUUUUUUCAAGUGCAGUUGCAAAAACCAUCAAGCGCUAUUAUGAAACUGGCUCUCAUGAGGACCGCCACAGGAAUGGAAGACCCAGAGUUCUCUGCUGCAGAGGAUAAGUUCAUUAGAUUUACCAGCCUCAGAAAUUGCAGCCCAAAUAAAUGCUUCACAGAGUUCAAGUAACAGACAAAUCUCAACAUCAACUGUUUAAUCAGGCCUUCAUGGUCGAAUUGCAGCAAAGAAACCACUACUAAAUGACACCAAUAAUAAGAAGAGACUUGCUUGGGCCAAGAAACACGAGCAAUGGACAUUAGACCGGUGGAAAUCUGUCCUUUGGUCUGAUGAGUCCAAAUUUGAGAUUUUUGGUUCCAGCCGCCAUGUCUUUGUGAAAUGCAGAGUAGGUGAACGGAUGAUCUCCGCAUGUGUGGUUCCCACCGUGAAGCAUGGAGGAGCAGGUGUGAUGGUGUGGGGGUGCUUUGCUGGUGACACUGUAAGUGAUUUAUUUAGAAUUCAAGGCACACUUAACCAGCAUGUCUACCACAGCAUUCUGCAGCGAUACGCCAUCCCAUCUGGUUUGGGCUUAGUGGGACUAUCAUUUGUUUUUCAACAGGACAAUGACCCAACACACCUCCAGGCUGUGUAAGGGCAAUUUUUCCAAGAAGUAGAGUGAUGGAGUGCUGCAUCAGAUGACCUGUCCUCCACAAUCCCCCGACCUCAACCCAUUUGAGAUGGUUUGGGAUGAGUUGGACCGCAGAGUGAAGGAAAAGCAGCCAACAAGUGCUCAGCAUAUGUGGGAACUCCUACAAGACUGUUGGAAAAUCAUUCCAGGUGAAGCUGGUUGAGAGAAUGCCAAGCGUGUGCAAAGCUGUCAUCAAGGGUGGCUAUUGUAAGAAUCUCAAAUAUAAAAUAUAUUUUGAUUUGUUUAACACUUUUUUUGGUUACUACAUGAUUCCAUAUGUUUUAUUUCCAUGACUGAUCAAAACUCGUUUUCUCAUGGCUCUCUCUUGUCCUCCUGCAGCAGCAAUAUGUUUGGAACAUCGAAUCACAAUAAAAUCACAGUAUCGAAUCGCAAUACAUAUAGAAUCGCUAUUCAUAUCGUAUUGAACCUAAGUAUCUUGUUAAUACCUUAUUGUGAGGUCCCUGUCAAUUCCCAGCCCUACUUUGUGGGCUUAUUUUCGUGGACAGAUUUUGGGCGGCGUAAAACCUCUCGCUUCAGCCUCUUCAUCUCUGCCGCUACUCAUGAAGGUCCAGGAUUCGUUUCAGUCAAAGUACCAAACGCUCAAGAAUACGGAUCAUUAAGGGAUAUGAAAGCGCCCUAAGAACUACCUCAGUAACCAUGUUUCCAUCAAACCUUUUUAUGCGAGUAAAGUACAUUACGGAUAAAACUUGUCACGACAGACCUGAUGGAAACAGCAAAUUUGUCGGUCAACUUUCCAAAUGUCGACAAAACAAAAUACGCUAGACAAGGUGGGAUCUUUUUGUGUCAGUAAAAUUAAUAAUGCAAGAAAGGGCAAUGGAAAUGCUUUAUGCGCAAAUAUUGAUAUAAUAACUAUCAUAUCGAAGUAAUCUUGGAGUCCUCCCACUACAACUCAGGAAAUAAUGCAGUUUAUUAUGCUACAGAUGAAGUACGUUAUGAUGAACUUCAAGGUGGUGAAAGUGCACACAGUGAUUAAUGUUCCUUUCCAAUAAAUAUUGAGGGUCUUAUUCUGGAGACAUGAUGAUUGAUGCUUGGCUCCUUUAGACAAAUAUAAUUUGUCCAUAAUAAUCGAAUUUAGGCUAUCCUACCUGCAGUUAUUCUGCGAGCAGAGUGGGCACAUUCGCAAUAUAACGCAACAUUUGUUUUUGACAAAACCAUCCGUAGAUAUGAAAAUGCAAUGGAAACCCAUUUAACUUGUAUUUUUUAUUCGGUACAUGGCAAUUUAACCGCAAAAGUAUUAUGUGCGCUACGUCAUCACGCACAGUCUUUUAUCCGCAACAGGUCAAUUUGAUGGCAACACGUCUCUGGUGGGAAUGUGCAUAAUUGUUUUUAUGCGGAUUUUAGAAUAUUCACAUGAAAAUCUGUCGCCAAUUGGAUGGGAACCUAGCUAGUAACACCAAUUUAUUGUUUAUCUUUUAGUUGUGUCCUUUGGUUGUCCAGAGGAGGUGACUUUUACCAUUCAAUGGUACUUGAAAUACUACCCCUGUCACAACGAGUUCAAUAAUAUUGAGGUAAGUAAAGUACAUGGACUAGCCUAGUUAGGGGAAAUAACUUACUGUAAUUACUAAGUUUUAAGUACGACAAUUUAAUUGUAAAAUCAUCAGGAAUUCAGCUAAAAAUGAGUUUAAUGUAGGAAAAGAAUGCAUAUGUGAUAGUGCCUCAAUGUAAUCAAGGUAUGAAAUUAUUGUAUUUGAAAAUAACGAUCUCUUUUUGGGCUUAGUUGUGGUCAAUUUGCAGUGUACAAAUUAUUAUAAUUAUAUUCCGGCCCACCGACCAUACGCUCCGACAAAAAUCUGUGCAUGGCCGAAUCUAGUUUCCUACCCCUGGUCUAUAAGAUGAAAUCAGAUAUGAGUGUGUGGAGCAGACAGUGAGUGUUUGCCGUAGUCAUGUUUCAUUAUCACUACCUUCGUAAUGACUCAUUCAUUUGUUUAGGAUUCCUAUGGUAAUACCACAUUUUGACAGUUGGUGUGAAUUACCAGACUAUAAUAUGCACUUUUGGAGUUACUUUUAAAUCUUGUCAUUGCUCAAAGGAAAUGUAUGUCUCCCUACAUUCAACUACUAAUAAAUAUUGUUUAAUAUUGUAUUUAUUAAAAAGAUGUGAAACUUUGAAUAUAAAUCAUUACUUUCAAGGAAAUGUAUGAGAGGACGCCACUGAGUCGAGGACAGAGUAUGGAUCCUAACCCUCUAGGACAAGGGGAAUGCAUUGAGCACAAGCACAAGCCCUUGACCUGCAACAAUGACCUGCGAUACUUCCCAAUGCUAAAUGUAAGGGCUUAUAGGUUACAUACAGUACAUGAGUUACAUUCCAUUACAGGGCUUUUCACACUACUGGGCUGAACCGAGCUGUCCUGGUUACUCAGCUACCAUAGUUGCUUGAAAAAAAAAACCUCAUCAAUCUACACACAAUAGUGACAAAGUGAAAACCUUAUUUAAAAAAAAAAAAAAGUACAAAAAAAAAUAUAAAUAGAUGCCUUAUUUAUGUAGGAAGAGUCUUGGUGGUUCCAAACUCUCUGAAUGUCCUUUGAAUGGCCUUGAGUGGCCCAGCCAGAGCCCGGACUUGAACCCGAUUGAACAACUCUGGUGAGACCUGAAAAUAGCUGUGCAGCGACGCUCCCCAUCCAACCUGACAGAGCUUGAGCGGAUCUGCAGAGAAGAAUGGGAGAAACUCCCCGAAUACAGUUGUGCCAAGUUUGUAGCGUCAUACCCAAGAAUACUUGAGGAUGUAAUCGCUUCCAAAGGUGCUUCAACAAAGUACUUAGGAAAGGGUCUGAAUACUUAUGUAAAUGUGAUAUUUCUGUUUUAUUUGAAAUCAAUUUAGCACAAUUUUCUAAAAAUCUAUUUUUGCUUUGUCAUUAUGGGGUGUUGUGUGUGUGUAGAUUGAUAAGGGGGGACGAAAACUAUUUAAUCAAUUUUAGAAUAAGGCUGUCACAAAAUGUGGAAAAAGUAAAGGGGUCUGAAUACUUUUAUUGGUUGCAAUUAUUGGUAAGAAUAAUUUGUUUUGGAAGUUGUUGUUUGACUUACUGACAACUUACUAUAUGACAACUUUGUUUCAGAAAGCCAAGGCGGAACCACGGCCAGUUGUCCCGCCCAUGGAAGGAGCAGCACCGGUGAGAUACUAUGAUGGGGUCAUGAUGUUUCACUCUGAUGCAUCACUUUUUUAGCACACACAAUCACUUUCGGCUAUAUUGCCAAUUCCUAAGGUCAUUGUCAAUGACCAUAGGAGUUGCCGUUGGCCAUAUAUAGCAUGCACAACGAGAUAUGGGACGAGGCGAUCACUUUUUCAGAUUCUCUUACAUUUCUGGGAUCUCUAAAUACAUUGCAUAAUGCAUAUAAACACUAUUUUUAAAACGCAUGUUGGUUCAACCCUACCCAGGGUUUGGAUGAAAACUACACCAAAUGGACGAUGGAGGAGUACGACAAAGUCAGCAGUGUGAAGAAUGCCAGUGUGUCACUUAAAGAUGACGUCAUCGCCACCACGUGGAAGGACGGCCCCUACCUGCUGGUGGUGGUGAUUAAGUCUAACAAACAGGAAGCCAACUGGAAUCUAACAGGUGGGUUCACUACAUUAACCACAAUGCGCCUCAGCUGGGUUGUGUUCAUUAGCCACCAAACAGAAAAAUACAGACUGAAACAGGGAGGGACCACCAGAACUAACAGAAGAAAAUUGACUGAAACGGGGAGUGACUAGCUAGCUGGACUCGUUUUUGUUUUCCGUUGCUAAAAUGUUAUGGUUAUCUACCCAAAGAACACGACCCAGUUCUUGAAUGUCAAACUUGUCCGUGAGGCUUACCAAGAUGAAAAUUACGUUUCUUUAGGCAGCUUAAAUACUAAUUGAAAUUAUUUAAAAGAAUAAUGCAUUGGCUACCAUUUUGAUCACAUUGCUCCAUGUUGUAUAUUGUAACCCUGAUUUAUUUUCUGGGUUAUGGAUAGCUGAUGUAUACUCUUUAUAUUUCCAGUAAACGUCGUAAUGAAAGGAACUCACGGCUACAUCUCCAUCACUGAAUGGCCCCUCAUGAUCGUGAGUACACAUUUCAUUUAUUCUAUCCAAUCCUUUAUUUGAGUUGGGACAGAAACAAUUAAACAUUAAAUAAACGACAGUCAGAUGCAUUGCACCAUGACACUUUAGCUCAUGCUAAUUUCCAGUAUACAUUGUAGGUUUAAUCAUUGUCAUAGAUUGCAGACGCCUGUUUUACUCACUGAGUUCUCGCAGGGUUUUGUGUUGUAUCUUUAUGUAAUAUAAUAUUGUAUAUGCCAUUUAUCCAAAGCGUCUUAGUCAUGAGUGCAAACCAUUUCUACAUACGGGUGGCCCUGGGAAUCGAGCCCACAAUCGUGGCGUUGCAAGUGCCAUGCUCUACCAACCGAGCCAUAUAGGACCUUGUUGUUUGUUCAGAUGACUAAAGACCUUUUUCAGGCAUGAUGAAACUGGAUGCUGUGCAGUCACAGGUCUGACAGUGAUCAAACAAACCAGUUUGUCAAACUUUGAUGUACUUUUGGAGGUACGUUCUAACUCCCCACAUGCCUUAGCUUAGCGGGCUAAUGCUCUCUUCAGGCAUGCAGGAAACCCGGUUAAAGCCCUGUAUCAUUGUAGUUGAGUAUUAUGUUUUAACACCGAUCUCUCUCCCAGUUCUACAUGGGGAUGUGUAUUGUGUAGAUCCUGUACGAUGUACCAUUACUCUGGUUCAUGUGGUCAGCCUGCUACUGGAAGAACCUAUAUUAACAUUUCUCUAUCUUUUUCUCUUUCUUUCCCUCAGUUCUACAUGGUGAUGUGUAUAGUGUACGUCUUGUAUGCGUUACUCUGGUUCAUGUGGGCUGCCUGCUACUGGAAGGACUUACUGAGGAUCCAGUUCUGGAUAGCUGGAGUCAUCUUUCUGGGCAUGGUGGAGAAGGCAGUGUUCUGUGCUGAGUACGAGAACACCAACGGUGUCGGGGCAGCUUGUGAGUCUACACCACUACUACUACUACUACUACUAGGACUAGCUCUCUGUCUGAUGAGUGGUUUAAAGAGUAGUAAGAUCCUCUGUAGACACGGCUGUGCUGAGUAUGAGGACACCAGCGGUGUCAGGGACAGCCUGUGAGUUUACAGUACACUACACCCAGCUCUCACAUUGAUCCGCUCCCAAUUCUCUCCCUACCCCUUCCUCUUGGCACUAACCAUUUCAAUGUUUUGCAAAUCUGAAGGGUUUGAAUAGGUAGGUAUAAGCAGUGUAGUGAUGAUGGUGCUUCCACCAUAUUUCUUCUACCUUACAGAUUUGCUUAGAGCGAAGGGGGAGGUUUAGGGAGUGUUAUUAUUCCAAGCAAUAAAUAGUUUUUCUGCCUCGUGUGAGAGACCAUGCAUUCCAAUGUUCUUGUUUUCAGCUCCAGGCCUGUUGAUCUUUGCUGAGCUCAUCUCUGCUCUGAAGAGAACCCUUGCACGGCUGCUGGUCAUUAUAGUCAGUCUGGGAUAUGGUAUAGUCAAGUAAGUUGAGAGAAAUAAAGGUCAUCACACACUCACUGUCACUCCCAAUUCUUUGAUAGGUUAGCGUGCUGUCUAUAUUUAGUACAUUUUCCUGCAUUUUGUGUGUGUUUCCCAUCAGGCCUCGACUAGGUACAGUGAUGCACAGAGUGGUGGGACUAGGCGUCCUGUACUUUGGCUUUGCUGCUAUCGAAGGUGUGCUUAGGAUCACUGGGGUAAGGAGUUUUCCUGAUCUUGCUCCAGUGAGCUUGCAUUUAAAAUGUCAAAUUUCAGUUUUAGAUAGGCUGCUGUUUUUCCCUCAUGUGAGUUAUGGCAAUUACUUACAAUAAAUGUGUGUGUGUGUGUAUAUAUGUAUAUAUAUAUAUAUAUAUAUAUAUAUAUAUAUAUAUAUAUAUAUAUAUAUAUAUAUAUAUAUAUAUAUAUAUAUAUAUAUAUUUAUUUCACUAAAGGGUCGUGACAAUGGCCCUUUCCUCAAUUAUCAUCCAGAGUUUAUAAUAAUUACCCCACAAUGCAACUCUAAUGGUCAAUAAUAACAAAAUAGGCCUACUUGUCUAUCAGUGAUACAGAAUUUUACACAUUUUGGUAUUGCUUACUAAUAGACUAGGUGCUGGGGUUAUAAUGUAUCUUGUACAAUUUAAACUGGAAGUUGGGUUGUAUACUUAUAUUGUAUACUGUAAUUUGUAUACUAAAUCUUUCAGUGGGUGAUUUUCUUUGUUUACUGCUCUGGUGAAAGGUUCUGUUCUCAAUCUCCCCUGUUCACCCCAUCACUUUUUCUUCCUCUGUUUCUUCUGUCUCUCCCUCUCAUGACUUUAAUCUUGCGUUCUGACGCUCGCUCCUAUUUCUUCUCUCCCUUACUCUCAACUUUCCAUCCACACUCUUUCCCCCCCGCUCUCCUAUUUCUCUCUUACACUCGUAUCCUCUAUCUAUCCCCUUCUCCUCUCCUCCUCCCUCAGGCGAAAGACUCUGACCUGGCUCUGUUGGCCAACAUUCCUCUGGCUCUGCUUGACUCCUCUCUCUGCUGGUGGAUAUCCUUUGGUGUGCCUAUAGCCCUACUUGGGCUCCUCUGUCCCCUGGGGGUGCCCCUAUCCCUGGUUCCUACCCGAGGCUUCUCUGAUCCUCAGUCUGGGGCCUACUCUGACCCUCCCUGGGCUUUAGGUUCCCCUGCUUCUAUCGAAGGGUUCAAUCCCAAUCCAAAGGGUCUCUACAUGCUAACCCUCUGUCUCUCACAGCUAGCUUCUGACAUCUAUAAGUAGAGGGCAAAUAAUCUGAUCUCUCAUGCUAUCUCACUAGCUAGCUCAUAGCUAGCUAACCUGUAAGUCUACAAGUAGAGGUCAAGUAAUCCGGUCUUGCCCGUGGCCCCUAUCCCUACCUGGGGCCUCAUUUGGUCUUCGGGUUCAAUCCCAUUCCGACAGCUAACCCACUAGCUACCACACACAGAGGGCACAUAAUCCGACCUUGCAUGCUGUUUUCCCUGCUGCUUUGCUAGGUUCUUCUCUGAUUCCGUCUUAUGCAUGAAGUCUGUCAGUUACUCUACAUACUGUCAGUGUCUACUGUCUAGCCCAGCCGUUGUUUCCUUCACUGCCUCCUAACAUAUUUGUGAGCCUGGCUCAAACCAUAAAGACACUGAAGCUGAGGAGAAACCCAGUCAAGCUGUCUCUCUACAGACACUUCAGUAACACACUCAUCUUUGCCAUCAUAGGUGAGUAAAGUUGUUAAAUUGAUGUAUACUCUUUGCCCAGCACCAGAUACUGGUCAUACAUUAAUUAAAUGAAAAUAGUCUAAUGAUCCCUUUUUCCUUUAGCUUCAAUCAUUUUCAUGGUGUGGACGACAAAAAAAUUCAGGCUAGCAGAUUGUCAGUCGGUAAGAAUACAUCUGUAUUUGUUUUUAAAUGUCUUGUGUUUCAAACGUUUUAACUAGAAAAUAUAAAAUAUACAAAUGUGUGUUAUCCAGUUCCUUUGGAUCAAUGUUUUUAGCAUGCUCUGUAUUUCUUGAGACAAAUAUCGAAUCAACAGUUUUUAUUUAACCAACACCUUCAGUAUGUGGCUGUUUAACCUUCGUUAGUUGCAGUGAUUAAAUGUCACUGGAUAAGAGUGUCUGCUAAAUAACUAAGAUGUAAAUAUACUGAAUCCUCAUGACUGACAAUGUUUGCAACGUCCUAUGUGGUCAGGACUGGAUGGAGCUGUGGGUAGAUGAUGCCUUCUGGAGGUUCCUGUUCUCCAUCAUACUGCUGGUUAUCAUGUUCUUAUGGAGACCAUCUGCAAACAACCAGAGGUGAUGAUUGAUCUGGCUGUUAUAUAACAGAAAUGUCCAUUGAUCUAAGUGUUAUCAUCAUGCACCUUAGCUACCUUGUUGAGUGUGCUGUAGAUUUCUCAAUGGCAAUAUGUUGACGUAUCAAACCACCAACAGUCAGUCAGGGAGAAAGUGCCUCGCCUUUCGACUCUUCAAAGCUUCACAGAGGAAACACAAACUUAAACGGUCUUUCUCUAAAUGCUCUGGGGCUUUAUAAGGCUUUAUAACUGUUCAUAAUGUUGAACUUUUCCUUUGUUCUCAUCAGGUAUGCGUUCACUCCUCUGAUGGACGACUCUGAUGAUGAGGAGAUCGAGGAGUUCCUGGUGUCAGCUAAUUUAGGUACAUUACAGUUCACUGUGAAGUAGUAGGUUUUUCAUCUUCACUGUGUCAUUGUUUAAACAUUGACCAUUGAUCCUGAUUUUUCUCUCUCCUCUCUGUUUCUUUCUCUCUCUCAUUAUCUCGCUCUCUUUAUCUCUCUUCUCUAUCUACAGCUGACGGCAUAAAGUUGAGAGCCACCAACUCCAAGAGUGAGACGAACGGUUCAGCCAAGCCUUCAGGACCCAACCCGGUUAGUAUCAAACGUUAAAUUCAACUUAAUUUCUUACCUCGGGCAAUAAAGGAAGGCAAAGUCUGUUUACAAGGUUCGAAUCAAUAUGAAGAUAUAUGUAGUCUAGUAAAUGACAUGACUGAGUUUAAACAACAGGGGGCAGCAUUGAGUAAUCAAUUGUCUGUCUGUCUUUAUCAUUCUCUCUUUUUCCAUCUGUCCAGGAUGAAGACAUGAAGUGGGUGGAAGAGAACAUUCCUACAUCUUUAACAGAAGUGUAA